CAAUCAGUGGUCGAGCCAUACCACCCCUAGAAAAGACAUUAUUAUUAUUAUUAUUAUUAUUAUUAAAAAAGAAGCAAAUAGAAACACAGAUUGAUACAUGCACACAAGACAGCAAAAAGCCAAUUCCCUCUCAAUUUCCCUCAAUCAAAGCUAAACAAAAACAAAAACAUAAAAACAAAACAGAAAAAAACAGAGAGAAACACAAAUGACAAAAAACCCCCCGCAUUAACCUCAAUCAUUCCCCCACCCCUUUUUCUCCUUUUUCCAUCUCCUCGAUCAUCCCAAAAUCCAAAACAAAUAAAUCCCCCCUUCCACCCCACCCAACUUUCAAACCUCCCUCAUUCAACAGACCAAGAAAAAACCAAAUACCCACACACAAUAAAGAACAAAAAUGGUCUUACUCUCCUUACCAUCUUUAGUUGUGGUUGCGGCGGUGCUACUAAAUCUCUUCACCGCUGCCUCCACAACCAUGGCUGCCACUGCUGCGACUACUGCCCAUGCUGAUUUUCAACACUUGAAAGUGAGAGAAGCUAUUGACACCAUGACCAAAAUCCGUGUAGCGAAAACAGGUGAAAACCAUGACGAAGUAGUCUUCCAAGAAAAGGACCAACGUCAUUCUAGUGAUGCCAGUGGGAAGUGGAAGCUGAAGCUACUUCACAGGGACAAAAUUCCAGUUGGUGAUGAUUAUUCCAGUAAUAAUAACAAUAAUAAUACUAAUUGGGAUUAUCACCACCGGUUUAACAAGCGCAUGAAAAGGGAUGUCAAAAGAGUCGGUGCCCUGAUUAGGCGCGUGAGUAUUGGCACUGCCCCCAACGCCACCACGGCCAGUAGUAAUUACGAGGUGGCAGACUUUGGGUCGGAUGUUGUUUCAGGGAUGGAGCAAGGGAGUGGCGAGUACUUUGUGAGGAUCGGUGUUGGGAGCCCCCCGAGGAGUCAAUACAUGGUUAUUGACUCAGGAAGUGACAUUGUGUGGGUCCAGUGCCAGCCUUGCAACCAGUGUUACCGACAAUCCGACCCGGUGUUCGACCCGGCCAACUCCGUUUCGUUCUCCGGGGUGUCUUGUGCCUCCUCGGUUUGCGACCGCCUCCUCGAGAACGCGGGUUGCCAUGCGGGUCGGUGCAGGUACGAGGUCCAGUACGGUGACGGGUCGUACACCAAGGGGACCCUGGCUCUUGAAACUCUCACGUUCGAUCAAACCACGGUAAGGAACGUGGCGAUAGGGUGCGGGCACAGGAACCGGGGCAUGUUCAUCGGGGCCGCCGGGUUGUUGGGACUCGGAGGGGGAUCCAUGUCGUUCGUGGGUCAGUUGGGCGGCCAAACAGGUGGGGCAUUCGCAUACUGUCUUGUAAGCCGAGGCAUCGAAUCAACCGGGUCGCUGGAGUUCGGGCGUGCAGCGUUGCCCGUGGGCGCUGCAUGGGUACCCCUGCUUCGAAAUCCGCGGGCCCCAAGCUUUUACUAUAUCGGGCUUGCGGGUCUUGGGGUCGGAGGGAUACGGGUUCCAAUACCCGAAAACGUUUUCCAGCUGACGGAGUUGGGGGACGGAGGGGUUGUUAUGGACACCGGGACGGCGGUGACCCGCCUUCCCACUGCUGCUUAUGUCGCGUUUCGCGACGCCUUCAUCACUCAAACAGCAAGCCUACCUCGGUCGCCAGGAGUGUCGAUAUUCGACACGUGCUACGACUUGAACGGGUUUGUGUCGGUUCGGGUACCAACCGUUUCAUUUUACUUUUCGGGUGGGCCGAUCCUAACGCUACCCGCCCGGAACUUCUUGAUUCCAGUAAAUGAAUCUGGAACCUUCUGUUUUGCAUUUGCGCCAUCCCCUUCAGGGCUUUCCAUAAUAGGGAACAUCCAGCAAGAAGGAAUCCAGAUUUCCUUUGAUGGAGCUAAUGGGUUUGUGGGAUUUGGACCCAAUGUCUGCUAAAUGUGGGGUAAAAAAUGUGGUAAAAGUGAAUUUUGCUAGGCUUAGUUAUAUUAUGUAGAUUUGUAAUACUUUUAAGUAGUAGUAUAGUAUAAGUUACUUUGUGGUAAGGUCAUAUAAGCUUAUUGUCCCAAUUGAUGAUUAGGACAAAAGCUGUAUUUGUCUUCUGGUGUGAAGAAAUAAGGUAUGUAAUAAGAAUAUUAUAGUAAACUUUAUAUGAUCAGUUUUGGUUA